AUGACAACUGCCGAAGACCUUCUUUACAAAGACUGCCUCAGCGACAAGAAGUACAUGAUGGGUUGGAAUAAAAAUUGGUACUGUUCUAGCGAGUCUCUUUGGCAUGAUCGUUGGCAGCAGGUUUUGGAGGUCAUGCCAGACUUCGUCCAGAUCAUCACCUGGAACGACUUUGGCGAAUCAAGCUACAUUUGUGAUGAAUCAUCGGCACAAGUCGUCAGCGGCGCGGAAUCGUACACCGCUGGGCACUCUCACACUGCGUUUAGGGCGAUUCUACCCUACUUUAUCGCCGCUUUCAAGUCCGGAACAGCCGACAUUGAUUGGCAAGGGGAAAACACCGCUAUCGCCUGGUACCGUACUACCCCAAUCCGUGGCCAGCAACACUCUGGAACAAUUUGGGGCCAGGGCGGCACGGUUUCGGCCAACCACGGUGCCAAAGACGUUAUCUCCGUCAUGGCGGCCUCUCUCAACGCAGUUACGAUUCAUGUCUAG